UAGUUAAAAAGUGUCAGGGUACUUGGUGGGCGGGCGUUGCUAUGUAGCAGGGUCGACUGUGCCUGACAAUAGCAGAAAGCAGGCAAGCUUGCAGCAAAGAAAGGAGGAACUGAAAGUGAGACAGGGCGAGAAAGAGAGAGUGGGGGAGUUCACUGGGAAUUUCUUCAUUAAGAAAAAUAAAAUAAAGGCUGUGCUAGUUGAAGAUGUCUGAUAAUGGUGAAGUUGAAGACAAGCCUCCAGCACCUCCAAUGAGAAACACCAGCACAAUGAUCGGGGCCAGCUGCAAGGAUUCAGGGACCCUGAACCACGGCUCCAAGCCCCUGCCCCCCAACCCCGAAGAGAAGAAGAAAAAGGACCGCUCUAUCAGAUCCAUCUUUCCAGGGGCCGGCGAUAAGACAAACAAAAAGAAAGAACGACCAGAAAUAUCCUUGCCUUCUGAUUUUGAACAUACAAUACAUGUGGGGUUUGAUGCAGUCACUGGAGAAUUUACAGGUAUGCCAGAGCAAUGGGCUCGGUUACUACAGACCUCCAAUAUCACCAAACUGGAACAGAAGAAGAACCCCCAGGCAGUGCUGGACGUCUUGAAAUUCUACGACUCGAAAGAGACGUCCAAUAGUCAAAAGUACAUGAGCUUCACGGAUAAAACCACAGACAGUUAUAAUUCUUCAAAUGCGCUGAACACAAAGGCGGUCUCUGAGCCGCCCGCAGUACCUCCAGUCUCUGAGGACGACGAUGAGGAUGAAACCACCCCUCCGCCAGUGAUCGCCCCACGGCCAGAGCACACCAAAUCGAUAUAUACCCGGUCUGUUAUAGAACCCUUCCCAGCACCCCCCACUAAAGAUGCAGCAACCUCUCCCAUCUCGCCGCCUGCGGAGAACAGCAGCACUCCCUCAAACACGCUCACCAGGAACGCAGAGAAGCUGAGGAAGAAGACCAAGAUGUCAGAUGAGGAGAUUCUGGAAAAAUUACGAAGCAUUGUUAGCGUCGGAGAUCCCAAAAAGAAGUAUACAAGAUUUGAAAAAAUUGGUCAAGGAGCGUCAGGAACUGUGUAUACAGCAAUAGACAUUGCUACCGGACAAGAGGUUGCUAUCAAGCAAAUGAAUUUACAGCAGCAACCCAAGAAAGAAUUGAUCAUUAAUGAAAUUCUUGUAAUGAGGGAAAACAAGAACCCCAAUAUUGUCAAUUAUUUAGACAGUUACCUGGUAGGGGAUGAGCUGUGGGUGGUGAUGGAAUACCUGGCAGGAGGCUCCCUGACAGAUGUUGUGACAGAAACCUGUAUGGAUGAAGCACAGAUAGCAGCCGUGUGCCGUGAAUGUCUACAAGCACUGGAGUUCCUUCAUUCAAGCCAGGUGAUUCACAGAGACAUUAAAAGUGACAACAUCCUGCUUGGAAUGGAUGGUUCUGUGAAGCUAACUGAUUUUGGGUUCUGCGCUCAGAUCACUCCAGAGCAGAGUAAGAGGAGUACGAUGGUGGGCACGCCAUACUGGAUGGCCCCAGAGGUGGUGACGAGAAAAGCAUAUGGACCCAAAGUUGAUAUCUGGUCCUUGGGCAUCAUGGCCAUCGAAAUGAUCGAAGGAGAGCCCCCAUAUCUCAAUGAAAACCCACUGAGGGCACUGUAUCUUAUUGCAACAAACGGUACGCCUGAGCUGCAGAAUCCCGAAAAGCUGUCCUCGAUAUUCCGAGAUUUCCUAAAUCGCUGCCUUGAAAUGGAUGUGGAGAAAAGAGGUUCGGCCAAGGAGCUGCUGCAGCACCAGUUCCUGAAAGUGGCCAAGCCGCUGUCCAGUCUAACUCCUCUCAUUUUGGCUGCAAAGGAGGCAGCGAAGAGCAACCGCUAGACAGCCAGUGUUUCUGUCAUCUCACCAGUACGUUCUCGCAAGACGGUCCAUUUAAACCUCUGCAGCACCUGGACUUGCACUUAUUCAUGGCAGGGUCAUGAGUAAUAAACUGAAGGAUCUAAUGGAAGAAGAAGAAUGAAAAAUGGAAUAAAAAAACAAAACUGCUGAUCUUAAAUUAAACUUUACACCUGUGAAUGGUGUCAGGGUUUUGUACGUUUUAAAAUGUCUAAGAAAUCCUCAAACCUGAUGUAGCAAACGUUAUUUUUAUUUGGUUCCUCUUCUUUUUAGUGUUUUGUUUGUUUAAAAUCUAGAACUGUUAAUCUUAACAAUGAAACUUGGUUUGUUCAUGGCCUCUGACAAAAACUUCUAUUGUCAACUGUGUGGGUACAGCGUUUUGGACUGCUUAGAAACUGGUACUUUUUUGUAAUUAUUAUUAUAUAUGUAUAUAUUUUUUUAAAUAAGCCAAGACUAGGUGAUGAAAUGAUAAAUGGUCGACCUGUCUUGGAAUGCAGUUUCAGUAAUAGUUUGCAUUAUUAAAAUGGUACAAAGAAAUUCCUGCAAAGGACUCUAAAUCUCUGGUCUCUAUAUUGGAAUAUUUUCAUUUUUAAAAUUAAGUUCUGAAGAGACGCUCAGCUACAAAGAAUAAAUUAAUGGUAUAAGUAAUGUUGUAUUUUAGAGGACCUAAAAUGUCUUGUGAUGCACAGAAAUUGUAUUUUGGGGGUAUUUCUUCUGUUAGUUUUUAUACCAACCUAACCAUGCACUACCUAAGCCCCUUUCACACUGGCAUGCUCUACCCGGGGCAGGACCUGGUAUCAUGCAGGUCGGCUAUGCGAUUUCACACUGCUUUUGAUAAAGCAGGGUCGACCUGGGUGACAGACACAAGUACACAAUGCGCGUAUCAAUGCCCCGGAAGCUGCCAUCCAGGCUUCUCUGGAUUGAACCGUCGGUCCAGACGUUAAUUAGAGCAGGUGUUUCUUCAUCCUUGCUGCAAUCUGGCUCAUGGUGUGUCUCAAAAAUAUGGCUAAACAGAAACAUUCCUUGUGGAUGUGAAACCUUCACGCAGGCGUGGCUGUUUGUUAUUUCAUCAGCUUACGAACAGCCAUCAUGUAUUUUGUCUCGCUCAAACCGGGUCAAAGCUUGUCGACCCACAUCCUGAGGUGGGUCGCUGGGACCCGGGUAGGAGUGCCAGUGUGAAAGGGGCUCUAGAUGCAAUUUCUCCCUCACUGAAGUGAGAGAAAAUCUGUGCAGACUAGCUAGUUAAAAUGCACAAGGGCAAAAAACCUAAUAAUGUGAAAAAUGCAGACAAUACGGUUCACAAAACAAAUGUUAUCUGGGUUUCAUGAAUGACAGACCAACAACACGCUUGUGAAACAUGUUUCUUUAAAUUAAGCAGAAAAACAGUAAUAGUAAAAAGUUAAAGUAACGUGCUGCUUUUCUUCGUCUUGAAUCCCUGAAGAAUUUUGAAAAGUUGCCUCCUGUAUUUUUUAUUUUUUUUCUAAUUAAAUUUGUUCUAAAUUAGUUGUACAAAAA